CUCUUGUCACUCAAACUCCAUUAUCGACCAAAGAAGACUGAUAAAAACUUCCCGUAGAACAAUGGCGACUUGGGCCAGGUUAGGUGCUAGUUGGCGGAGUACAGUGAGAAGUUUGUGGCCUCUCAGAAGUAUACGGUAUAGUCGUGCUGUUGGAGCCGGUCUGUUCGGCUCUGUUGUAGCUGGCGGAUUUAUUUACUAUAAGAAUGAACCGAGAUGGACACUGUGGCCACACACCGUGUAUGCGGAGGACGCGAAGAAAGAGGAGAUCAGAAGACCACAAGUGUCCAUGAGACGACUGCGGUUCAACCAGUUUGCCUCCAUGAUCUAUGAAGAGGAGCCAUACAUGACACCCAGAGACUUCCUCCAUUCAGUCUUGAUGGAGAAGGUGGAUCACAAACUAAAGAAAAAGGUGCUGACCAAAGGAGAUGUGGACGAUAUGGUAUGGGUGGCUUCCAGGGCUGAGGCAGGAAAUCUCUUGUUCAGAGGAAUCGGAGACAAAGGGCUGAUCUCAUACACAGAGUACCUGUUUCUCCUCACUAUUCUUACAAAACCUCAAACAGGAUUUCAUAUUGCUUUCAAAAUGCUUGAUAUUGAUGGCAAUGAGCAUGUGGACAAGAAGGAAUUUCAGAAGCUGAAGAAAGUUAUUCGACCGAGGAAAGAGCUGCUAAGGCAGGGUGGGACAGAGUUUUUAGCCAGUGAUUAUGAGGUCAACACUACACUACAGGUUUUCUUCUUUGGGAAAAAUGGCAAGAAAAAACUCCAUUACAAAGAUUUUUGCAGGUUUAUGGAAGAUCUGCAGGCAGAGGUGCAAGAAGUUGAGUUCCUGCGGUUUUCUAAAGGGAUGAAGACCAUGAGGCGGGAGGACUUUGCUGAAUGGCUGCUUCACUACACGAAUGAAGAGGACAAUGAGGCAUACUGGGACAACAUGAGGAAGAGGAUCCCCCCGGGACAGAGCAUCACCUUUGAUGAAUUUAAAGCAUUCUGUCUCUUUACUAACAAUCUGGAGGACUUCGCAUUCUCAGUAAAAAUGAUUAAUGAUGCCAACAAGCCAAUAGGAAUGGCUCAGUUUAAGCGAGCGGUGAAGAUAGCGACAGGUCACGACCUUUCAGAGAACGUUUUGGACACCGUUUUUAAGAUCUUUGACCUGGACGGGGACAACUGUCUGAGUCAUAAAGAGUUCCUCGGUGUGAUGAAAGACAGAGUACUUCGUGGACUCAGGGUUCAGCCCCAUCAUGGUAUUUCUGAUUAUUGGAAAUGUGUGAAAAGAGAGACACUGCAAGGAGCUCAAGAGGCACUCCGUGAAACCGGCAGCCCUGUCUGACAGAGGAAGAGGUCUGCCUUUGAGUAUGUGGCUGGCCGGAUGUGGUAAUAUUUGCAGUUCCAUAUACUUCUGGGGAGGAAAAUGGUACAUAAUUAAUUAAUUAAUUACUUGUCAAUUGUACUGUCAGUUAAAUCGUAAUCUUUUCCUUUAAAUGUUUACAUGUUACAAAACAUAUUAAAUACUUAUAAAUUAAAAUUAUAAACAAUCUUUUAUAUAAAAAUUGGUUUCAUGGUUGACUUGUUUUCUGUUUUUGUUUUCUUUUGGAAAUCUGUGAUGUGCUCUUCGGCCUUGAAUUUGUGAAAUGGCCUGUGUACACUCAAUGGCCUGUGUGUCAGUUCAUGAUUUUUCUUAUGUGGAUAGAAAACUGUUUAAUAGUAAACAUGUUUAAUUAUAUGUAGCAUUUAUUUUGCUUGGGAUGUGGUGUUGUUUACAUAUAACCUCUAUGUAAAUCUUUUGUGUUAUAGAAGAUUAUAUUAUCCUGUGGAUAAUCUGCAUCUAAUGCAGAUUUUGAAUUAUGCAAUUAUCACCCCGAAACUCUAGUCUAGAGGACUCUUGUACUGGAUUUAGUUGCUUCUGGGGGUGUUUUGUGACUGAACAAAUGAGCAGUUCCAUCUUAAGAACACUUAUUGUAAAACCUUUUUACAUAGAGUUUUGUCCUUUUUGAGUUUUAUUUGUGAAAUUGAAAUAAGACUGUGAAAUACAGUUUUCUUCAUUUAAAUUGAAAGACUCUAUAUA